UCUUGUUCUUCCAAGGUGGAACAAACAAAUAAUGUAGUAGAAUCAAAUGACAAUGAUGAUCAUUUUUAGCUUAAGUUAUCAGAGUUAAGUUAUAAUGAACGGAAAACUAAUAUUUUGUGUCUUCACAAUAUAUGUUUUAAAAUCAGUUUUUGCACAGCCGAAGUAUGUUGAGGAAAAUACGAACUUUCAAUAUUCUAGAUGCAAACAGAUAUCAGACACUAUCCUGUGCGAGGCGCUUAACAUAAGCAAAGGGAUUCGGCAAAAGCCAAGUCUAUGGCCUCCAGGUCCAUUCGCAAUACCUAUGUCAAAAUACGGAUGUCCAGAGUCAGAAAGUCAUGGAUGGACAAAGGGGGUUUUAGAUAAGAAACAGAAAUGGACAAAACAGAAGAAGAAUAAGAAAAAAAUACAGUUAUGUGUUAAAGUGCGUGAUGAUACUGAACUAGACAAGGAAAGUUGGAUUCCUGGAAACUAUACCAUUUUCAAAAUUGGAGAGAAAUGCCCGACAGGUUUUAAAGAUAGCCAAAAAACAACAACGUUCUUUGAAUAUCGGUACGGAAUAUUUCCAAACAUCUCUGUUAUCAAGACAGCCAAAUCAAAGCGGAAGAAACUGAGUAUAGAGACGUGUGACAAACUCUAUACGGGAUCAGAUGAUAUCGGAAGCAACGUUACGUUUGGAAUGUUGAAAACAAAUUUCAAAUUGAUAAAGAAAGGAACUCAGUGUCCUAUGUCUACUUCUUCUAGACAGAAAAAUAAAUUCUGCAGCAUUGGCUCAGUUGCUGAUAAUACAGUUGGAAGGGAGGCGCUGUUGAUUUCGGGCUUCAACUUGCACUUGGAAACUAAAUCGAAACAUGACGAUUUAACGACUACUUACCGGAAAUGGUAUCAAAUUGAUUUGCGGCGUUCUAUGCAUGUGUCCAAAGUUGAAAUGACUUUCAAUGAGGAACUCGAGAACUCGUUAAAGCAAUGCUGGUAUAGUCAGAUGAAUGCUGGAUUUCUUUAUGACGAAGCACUGAAGUGCAUUCGUACAAACAAGAAUGACAAUGAUCGCUUGGUCGUAAGGCAUAUUCGUGGCCGUUACAUAGCCUUUGAUUUCCAUUACCUUACUUUUGCAUCGAUGGAAUCGAAAUCACAACUGAUGGAUCACCUAUCAUUUAAGAUCUAUACAAAGGAUUUGGAAUCCAUGGAUGGAGUUUUGUGUAAUGAAGACCUUGGAAUGAGUGAUUGGAGUAUUCAAAGAAAUCAAAUAUUUGCCUCAUCAUGGUUAGAACAUCAUGAACCGUUCGAGGCAAGACCUUCCUCAACUAGUUGGUGCACUAACAGAAGGCAGGACCAAAUUCCCUGGAUUAUGGUCGAUUUGAAAUCCAGAACAAGAAUUGAAGGAGUUACUAUAUAUGCUUCAAAUGAAACACACGAUAAUUCGACAGGAAGCUGGAACUCAUUCACUCUACUGUAUGGGAACUAUAGAAAUAAUUUAGACAUUUAUCCCAAAUUGCUUGGAACUGAUUAUGACCAAUCAAAGCAUCACGAGCAUAGAUCCUUUUUGCUUAUAACCCCAGUUACAGCUCGUUAUAUCAAGUUGCUUUUACUUGAAGGUGACGCGGCGAACAAAAUAUGUCUUCGGUUUGAAAUUCAUGGAUGUAAACUUUCAGGUGCUGUAGAACUGUUUCCAAGUUUUAUAGAGGACAAUGCAACGAUAAUAACAAACGCACUAUAUGUUCAAAAGGCUUCAUUAAUAAUGUCUUUAGGAUAUCCUUUUCAAACAGAAAGUGGCUACUCUUAUUCGUGGAUAAUAGAUUUUAAUCGCCAGCAUUAUGUGAGAUUAAUCUUCACAGAGAUGAAGUUGAACAAAAUGGUGCAAAAUGAUGAUGACAGCUGUGUCGACAAACUCAUUCUAGGAAGUUAUUUUAAUGGGACUGAAAUAAAUAAAAAAUUUAAUGAAAGAGUAUUUAUUAUUGAAACAAAAGAGACGUUUUUAAUAAUGACAUUUCAUCCAUGUUUACAUAAAUACAAAGCAAGUAAAUUUCGUGCAGUUGUUAGUAAAGAAGAUAUUCCAGCUUGUUUAUUCAUCGGUCCGAGCGUAAAUUGGAGCAAAGGAAGGAAAGAGAUAUGCAGACUUCCAGAAAUGAUACUCACGUCAAUGUCUAUUUUGAAUAUUCCGUUUGACAAUGUUGAAGAAAAAUAUGAAAUUCGGGCUAAAAAUCAUCAUGGCAUCGAGAUUGAGUUUAUAGACUUUUAUAUUGUAUGUCCGACAGAAAUAUCCGAGAGUCGCUCUCGCUUCACAGUAAUUGAAAGAAAUGGCGACAAAAAAAAUACAUACUGCAACACAAAUAAACCUCCGGAAAUAAUCAGCUCCGAAGAAGGCACUUUGUUGAUUGUAUUUCGUAAAUACGAAGACCCGACUAAAGUCUUUACAGGAAAGGAGGGAUUUCGAUUACAUUAUAGGACAAAAAGCUACUCUUUAGCCAACUGGACAGAAAUUUCCGAAAAAGAUGGCGACAUGACGGGUUCAAAUAUAUCAACAGUUUGCUCGCGGAAAUUUAAAAAGUGUUACAACAUAGUUUCAUCAUCGAUGUCCUGGUAUGAAGCUGGUACUGCGUGUGGGGAUAAUGAUCAGCUUCUUGUAACCAUACAGUCACCAAAAGAAUUACAGUACAUAAACUACCUACUUCGUGAACAGAGGUACAUUGAUGGAAGAGCUGGGAUUAGUGAUUCAAAAGGUUCAAGCUAUAAAGCACACAUUGGAUUAAAGCGCAAAAUGGUUACAGAUAGACAAGAACAAUUUGUUUGGUUGAACAAUUAUGAAGUAAUUUUUUCGCCAUGGGCAGUUGGUGGGCCAACAGUUGGAGACUGUACUUGCACAAACUUUCGGUCAUUUAUUAUGAACAGAACAUGGGAAUCAGAAGAUUGUCACAAUGAUCAUGCAGAUUAUUUCAUCUGUCAGUCGGAUUAUAAUGAAAAAAGGAAAGCCAAAUUUGUCUUAAAGAAAAGAAAGUGUAAGACUUUGUAUAAAAGAAAUAGAGGAAAAAUAGAUUACUCCUACUCUGGGAAGUUGUGUCAGAAUUGGAGUAAUCUAACGAAUAAUGCAUUGAUACAUUUCAAUAAAACAUUUGGCAGACGAAAAGAAGUUUUAAAGAGAAAUUCUACAUUAUGUCAAGAUCCAUCUCGCUCUGGAUUAAUGGGUUGCUACGUGAAUGACAGCAUGUCGACGUGGGAGCCAUGUUUCUUUUCACAAACUGGUCUUGAUUCUAUGAUAAUGGACAGUCCUGAUGAUUUUUUUGUAUGCAACUCUACGGGGCGCCGUAUACCGUUCGUGAAUAAAUGUGAUAAAAUGUUUCAUUGUGAAGACAGAACCGACGAAGUGAAUUGCACCAUGGAAGAACACGAUCUAACACAAAACGUUGAAUUACACUCCACAAAUCUAAACGUAACGGACUACGAAGGAGAAAACUAUCAUCAAUGUGGUAGUAAGGAAUGGAUUUCAAUGGCUGCAAAAUGUGAUACUGUAAUAGACUGUUUAGAUGCAUCUGAUGAAGUUGACUGUAUUCGACAAAGUACAGACUGCAGUGAGAACGAAUUUACUUGUGCAGAUGGAAGCUGUAUAAAACAUAGUUUGGUCUGUGAUUUCAAACGAGAUUGCACGAAUGCAGAAGACGAAUUUUGUGAACUUCGAAACUGUAGUCACAAUGAAUAUGAAUGUGGCAAUAAGCAGUGUAUACCGGACAGCAAAAGCUGCGACUCAAUCCCGCACUGUAUAGAUGGUAGUGAUGAAAAAGAAUGUUGGGAAUGUCGGGAAUCUUUUCACUGUGAUGGUGAUAGAUGUAUAGAUAAUAAACUGGUUUGUGACACAGUGUGGGAUUGUAAAGACGGUAGUGAUGAAAGUGAUUGUACGACGGACGAUGAUUCAUCGUGUGAGAAGUGGUGGUACAAAGGCUAUUUUGAAUCUGGUCAAAGAGUUAUUGAUGGUAUGAAAGUGUAUUGUGACUAUGGCUCGAGAGGAGGUCUUCCCAGAAAAAUAACUACAGAAAUUAGAGAUUUAGAUUUGGAUGCAAGCAGCAACACUUUAUACACAGAGUCUUCAAAGGCAAAACAUCUUACUUUCACAAAAUAUAGUGAAUUUUAUGAGUUUGUAACAAGAAUGAAUACAUGCACAGUCGAUGUGCAAAGUACUUGUCACCUUCCGGAAGACAGCGCUUUCAUGUACGACGAAAUGUAUCCACACUUUACAAAUACAUCUUGUCAAUGUUCUGUACAGACAUUAAACCUAAGUAAUGAUGUAAAUGAUGACUAUGGUGGCCCUGCUGAUUAUAAAAUAUCCGAACCUUCAAGUCAAACAUUUCAUGGAUUUGGCAUACAAAAGAGUAUAGACUUUGGACAUGUACGUCCACAAGAACUCAGGAGAUAUCCAAAUAAAGAUUCAAAUAAACAAAUUCACACUAAAGAAGAACCACAACUCAAAGCUUGUAAAGAAGGUGGCAUUGUACGGAGUGACCGUGCUUAUUACUCAUUUGACAAAAAUAAACAACAGAUAAAUGUGGAAUUUAAUAUGAUUGAGAAAAAAGUUCCAGUUGACAUCAGAAUUAACAAAAUUUCGUGUAUUCAAGACUCUAUGGAUGCAGUCGAUGAUAAUGUGUAUGUUUGUUACGGGGACAACAUGACGAUACCAAAAUCUGAGGUAUGUAACUAUGAUGUAGAUGCAGCCGGUUAUAUGACUGGAUGUAGGUCAGGAAUUCAUCUGCAAGACUGCGGGGAUUUCGUUUGUCCUCCAAACACAGUAAAAUGUCCAGAUAGUUUUUGCAUUGCUCUUCGAUUUGUAUGUGACGGGAUUGCCCAGUGUCCUGGUGGACAGGACGAACACAAUUGCUCAUGUGUUAGUAGGGACAAAGAAGUAACUGUUGUCAUGUUAAUAGAGGAUACAAAACAACAGACACAAAGUAAAAAAGCCGCAGAAUUAUUAGCAAAACAAUUCAAGCAUGGAGACAUUAAAGUAAAAUUACUUUACUACCAGGCGAAAACUGGAUUAGACAACUUUCCUCUUAUACAUCGACUGUUAAAAGUACGUGAAAGAAACAUUGACGAAUUAAGUUCCGAUUGCAAAUAUAAAACUAUGGCUAGAAAUCUUCUCCCAUCUUUAAAGUUUGAAAACAUUGAAACCAAGUUUGUUAUAUUUAUUGAAGAUAGUGUUGAGUCAUCUACAGUCGCUGAGAUCAUGUUUUCUAACAUAUCUAGACCAGAAUUUACCAUCUACCGUGUGAUCAGAAAUUUAAGCUUUUUGACUAACAUUAAACACACGUUCGAAUUUGUAAAAGAUGUGCGCAUCAAUAAAUGGAGUUCAUUACAUUUGAUAGGAUACAGGCAUUUUCCAGAAAUAUGCACAGAUGUUUCACAUGUACCGUGUGUUGGUGGAUUUAGAUGUUACUCUAGCAAGCAAUGUAUACCUCUCCACCAAGUAUGUGACGGCAUAGUUCACUGUUUGAAUAAUGAUGACGAGCAUUUGUGUGGUUUUAGAUGUCAUUAUAAAUGCAAGUGUGUAGACGGCGCUGUUGAUUGCCGAAAAGCAAAUUUGAAUAUUUCAGAUAUACGUGAUAUGGCAAUCAAAACUCGAAGCGCCGACUUAAGCUUUAACCAUGGAAUAAAAGAUAUUUUAUCGGAUAAAAACAUCCAGUUGCCUUUUAUGUUGUUCCUUGAUGUGUCAAACUGUCGUAUAGAAGUUGUAAGCAGUAUGGCAUUUUCAGACAUGAAAAAUUUAUUGAAACUCAACAUUAGCCACAAUAAAAUAAAACAACUUUCCGACAACGUAUUUAGAGAUCUUCGUCACCUAGUCGAGCUAGAUCUUGCUGGAAAUUCGGAAUUAGAAGAGAUAUCUGCUUCAGCAUUUCAAGGUUUACAAAGUAUAAAACUAAUAAGAAUAUCGGGAACAAAAUUAAAGAACAUCGCAACAUUUACAUUCUCAAAUUUGAAAUUGGAUAGUAUUGAUAUAUCAAAUAAUGAAAUUCAUAAAAUUGAGAAUUUUGCUUUUAGUAAUACGUCGGUAAAAAUGAUAAAUUUUGAUGGAAAUCCAGAAUUGGAAGAUAUAUCUUGUUCAGCAUUUCAAAGUAUACAACGUAUAAAAACAAUAAAAAUAUCGGGAACCAAACUGAAGAAAAUCGCAACAUUAACAUUCUCAAAUUUAAAAUUGGACAGUAUUGAUAUAUCAAAUAAUGAAGUUCGUGAGAUUGAAGAUUUUGCUUUUAGUAAUACGUCUGUACGAAAGAUCAAUUUUGACGGAAAUCCAGAAUUAGAAGAGAUAUCAAGUUCAGCAUUUCAAGGUUUACAACGUAUAAAAACAAUAAAAAUAUCGGGAACCAAACUGAAGAAAAUCGCAACAUUAACAUUCUCAAAUUUAAAAUUGGACAGUAUUGAUAUAUCAAAUAAUGAAGUUCGUGAAAUUGAAAAUUUUGCUUUUAGUAAAACGUCUGUAAGAAAGAUCAAUUUUGACGGAAAUUCAGUAUUAGAAGAGAUAUCAAGUUCAGCAUUUCAAGGUUUACAAAGGAUUAAAACAAUAAGAAUAUCGGGAACAAAAUUAAAGAACAUCGCAACAUUAACAUUCUCAAAUCUAAAAUUGGACAGUAUUGAUAUAUCAAAUAAUGAAAUUCGUAAAAUCGAAAAUUUUGCUUUUACUAAUACGUCUGUAAAAAAGAUCAAUUUUGAUGGAAAUCCAGAAUUAGAAGAGAUAUCAAGUUCAGCUUUUCAAGGUUUACAAAAUAUAAAAACAAUUAGAAUAUCGGGAACGAAAUUAAAGAAAAUAGCAACCUUAACAUUCUCAAAUUUGAAACUGGACUGUAUUGAUAUAUCAAAUAACGAAAUUCGUGAAAUCGAAAAUUUUGCUUUUACUAAUACGUCGGUUAAAAAGAUCAACUUUGAAGGUAACAAUAUACUCGAAUUCCAUCAGUUCAUUUUUUCAGAUGUUUUUGCUUUGACUGAAUUACGUACACCGGCGUAUAAAUUUUGUUGUAAACGUCCGUGUUAUGUCAAAGAAAGUAACUGUUACCCGUCAAAGAAUGAGUUUUCAUCUUGUGACGACUUAAUGAGACAUCCAAUUCUGCAGGCAGUUUUAUGGCUGGUCGGGAUAGCUUCAUUACUCGGAAAUCUUGCAUCAAUUGUGUACCGCGUUGUGUAUGACCGAAAACGACUUAAAAUUGGUUAUGGAAUAUUUGUUACGAAUUUGGCAUCUGCAGAUUUCCUAAUGGGAAUACACCUUAUUGUAAUAGCGUUUAUUGAUUCUAUUUAUAGAGGCAGGUAUAUUUACAUAGACGAUCAAUGGCGAAACAGUAAUUGGUGUACCCUUACCGGAUUUUUGUCAACCGUAUCUUCUGAAGCAAGCGUCUUCUUUUUAUGUCUUAUAACAAUCGAUAGACUUCUUGUUAUCAAAUAUCCUUUUGGACACGUAAGGUUUACACCAAAAAAAGCUUAUAUUUGCUGUUUCAUUUGCUGGGUCAUUGCAAUAUUGCUCGCGGCUAUUCCUAUUUUCCACACAAGUUAUUUCAAGGACAAGUUCUACUCCAGAACUGGAGUAUGCAUUGCAUUACCCUUGUCACGUGAUAAGCCUCCGGGCUGGAUGUAUUCCGUUUCAAUAUUUGUCGUCUUAAAUUUCAUCGCCUUCAUCCUUGUUGCAUUUGGUCAAUUGUCAAUCUUUUUGGAACUUCGGAAAUCUAGCAUAGGUGGCAAGAAAACACAGAAAUCAAGAAAAAGGGAUCUGCAAGUAGCGAAAAAUCUUAUCCUUGUUGCAACAACCGAUUUCCUUUGCUGGUUUCCAAUUGGAUUAAUGGGAAUACUUUCAUUGAAUGGAUAUCCUAUUUCUGGAGAUGUAUACGCAUUUACUGUAGUGUUUAUUCUUCCUUUUAACUCGGCAUUGAAUCCCUUUCUGUAUACACUUUCAGCAAUAAUUGGCAAAAAAAGCUUCAAUCCAAGUCUUCAUGAACAGAGUAAUACAGAAAACCAGAAAGAAAUAGGCUCAGCUAUAUUGCAGUACACAGAUAAUUGUCGAUCAGUUAGAACUAAACGAGAAAUUGUGCCAGGUGGAAAGAUGAGAAGAAUUAAGGAUGUGCUUGACGAUGAUGAAAACAUUUCUGUAGCAAGUGUAACUGCGAUAUCCUAUCAACUCGCUAAAUAUCUCAGACUUCUACAUGAAUCAUCUCUUGGUAUUGAGAAACUUUCAGAAACUAACACUUUCAUCCGAUAUGGAAAGAAACAUGCUGAAAAACGAAUUAUUCUUGAUACGAAAAUGACACUUGUAUCAGACGAUCGAAUAAAAGCUGAAAAUAUCUACCAAUAUGGAUGUCUUUUACGAAAGAUGAUUACAAAAUGUAAGGAAAACGACAGAAAAAAUCCCAAACGAGGGAAAACUGCAGAACUUGUAAGCAUUGACUUUAAGAAGAAGAAAAUUAGUUUAGAUUAGGUCAAAUGUUGUAUGAAGAAUAAAAGUAUGCGCCAUUUUGACAAAAAAGAAGGAAUUUCCUUCUCAAUAAAUAAAAAUGAUGUAAAUAGUACAUGUGCGUGAUGUAAAAGCAAUUGUGUUAGUAUAAACUAAUUUAUGUAAAAAAAAAAGAAAAAAAAGUUUUAAAUUUAUUGUUAGUAUAAAUGUUGUAGUUUAAAUUAUAUUGUUGUGAUAAACGUGUAUGCUGUUGUUAACAAAGAAAUCAUUGCUAGAUAUUGAUGUCACUGUCAUUUAACUUUGACAAUAGCUUACAAGGAAACCUGCAGGUUAUCAUAAAUUUUUUCUCGGAAGUGAUCUUUUGUGUCUCAAAUAGUGUUGAUACUGUUGGUUAUUGAGAAAACCUGUCUGCCGAAAUAUUUUGAUUAAAUUUAUUCAAAUAUUAGUAUUUUGAUUAUUCUUGAAAUGUAGUUUUUUAUAUGAUUUUUAUACAUUGUCUGUAUAUGUUUGAUCUGUUAUUUGUUUUAUGAUUAGGAAUACUUUAAAUGAAUCAUGCUAAAUGCAAAAUUUUUUUAAUAUAAUAAAAACUGCUCUAAAUGAAAAAAAAAUGUUUUGGUAAUUAAGUAUAGACAUACACAAUAUAUGAAUAACGAAAACAAAUAAACGUAAUGCGUUUGAAUCUGAAUAGCAAAUAAGCCAUUUUGAAAUAAUUGCUGUUAUAGAUUGAUACUGUUGAUUAAGCUGUUUUGCCAUGAUGGAUGUUGAUAGUACUUGUAUUUGCAUACAAAUAACUCUUUUUUAAUAUUGUAAAGGUUAACAAUAUCUUAAUGAGUAUUAAAAACUGAUGGUGACAACAUAAACAGUAAUCAGUAUGUCUGUCAUUUUUAACUUUUUUUAUAGCUAUCAAGCUUUAAAUAAGGAGCUUGCCUGGAACAGAAAUAGUGUUAGUUUAUUUAUGAUCCACUUAAAUAUAGCUUUAAUGUUUCCAUAAAUCUGUAUAUUGUUUUGUAUUUUUUUUAAUAUAAAUUUUACAAAGUUUUAACAUAUAUAUAUAUUGUCAGUGAUAAUUCAAUAUAUUAGCUAUGUAUCAUGUAUAUGUAGGAAGUAACUUUGAUGACAUUUCAGUUAUUUAAUUAUUGUUCUAGAAACCAAGGUCAUGUGACAACUGUUUUAGAAUUAUUCUAAAUUUUAAAUUUUGUUUAAGCUAAUUGUUGUGAUUAACGUUGUUAAUAUAUGAUUCAUAUGUUAAUUGAUUGUUUUAAAGUUUUUUCAAUAUUUUUUGGAGUAUAUAUUAUCGGUUAGCAUUGUUGCUAUUGUUUCUUUAAGGAUCAAGUAUCAUCCAACAGAGAUCGCUCGUUUAAAUGUACAUCUGUUUUUUGAGAUAGUUAUAUAUUCACUCAUGUAUUAGUAUUGUCUGUGUUUUAUGAUGUUUUUGUCUAAUCAGACAUGUCAAUAAACCACGUGCUGUUAUUUACUACAAUGUUUAUUAAAUGUAACGUAAAUUGAAUUAACAUUGCAUUGUUCAAAUUUCAAGGUUAUAAUAUUAUGAAUAUUGUUUUUGUCUCUUUAAAUAAUGAAUAUUUGCUUAUUUAGAAGAAAUUAUAUUAGAUUUACGGCUUUAUGUCAUUUUUCUAUUUUUGUCUUUUAUUGUUGAACGUAUGGUUGGUAUUGAUGUAUAUCGUUUUGUUGUUUAAAGAUGUUGUGUAGUAAAAAAGUUGUUACAAUUGCAAAUUUUGUACAAAUUAUGCAUUCACAUUGAAAUGACAUUAAUGGGGUUAUGAAAAUGUUAUUUCUCGGUCGGUGAAUUUGUUGUGCAUAUGUUUGGAGCUAUAAGUUAAUGAAUUUAAAUCUGUCAUGAGGUAUCAUUUAUUUGAAUAAAACUGUGCUGGUGACAGUUGCACUCAGAUCGUAUACAGAGACAUUGUCGAGUUAAGCUGCAAUAUUUCUGCACUAGAAUGGUAAAGAAUAAUAUAGCAUACUAGUCAGGAGAAUCGAAAGUCGGAUCCCCUUGCCGAUUUGUAAUGAUCAUCUUUGAAAAAAAUAUGAAGUUUUGAAAAAUAAAAACUACGCGCACAGAUGAUACGAAUGUUUUAUGUAAGAAUGGCUCCUAUGCACCUUUUUCGUACGUUUACGUAUUCAUCCGCCAUAGCAUUUGUCGAAAUGUCGCGAUUAACCUGUACGUGGUGGGUAGAUUUAAUUAGUGUAUUUUGAUUUAAAGAAACACAUGAUAUACCAUUCACGAAAGUAUAAAUUUGACAUCCUUUGGGAAAUCGAAUGUAUUUGGUGUAUUGUAAAUUAAACCACAUAAUAAAAUUCUAUUUAAGAAUACCAAUUGACAUACGAUUAUAACCAAAUCUGAAAUAAUGCAACAGUAUUGUUAAUUUCGUAAUUUAUAACUAUAAGCAAAUAAAUCAUCUACGUUUUUUUCUGAUAUCUCUAACAUUAAUUUUACAUUUAAAUAAUUAGCGUUUUAUAUGAUGUUAAGAAAGUCACUGAACAAGUCCCUCCAUUUGCUUACUAUUUGUUUGCAUACAAGUAGCAUUGGUGUACUGCACCUGUUUUGCAUCAGCAUAGUAUUGAAAAAAAAGAAUGAUUGUGUAAAUUUAUGUUGUUUAUUAUGUAUCCUUUUAAAUAGGUAAAUUUUUAAUUAAACACUAAAUGAGCAUUAUGAGUAUGAUAAGUGUUCUUUGUUGAUAUGCGUUGUCUUAUGACCAAUUCUAUACGAGGGCCGUCCCACAAGUCAGGAACUAUGGCUGUAAAACAAAAAUAUUACGUCUAAGCCUGAAAUAAUUUUGCACAUGUGGUUCUCGAUCAUUUUCUUAUGAAAAACAUUUUUUCAAAAAAGUAUGCAUACAUUAACUAUCGAAGUAUUAAUACAGGCCUUAGGUAGCAUAUGCGGCCCACGCCUAAAAUCGUCAUUUUACCAUCCUAACACAUAAUCUUCAAAACAGAGUUAGUAGUAAAUAACAUAAUAGAUUUGUGUUAUAUUUUUACUAUACAAUUACUGUAUGUCUGAUGUGGUAUGAAAUCGUUAGACAAAUAUGUUUACAGUGCAUCUUUUACUUAUUAUAGUGUUUUAUAAGAGCAUAAUAACAUGGCGACGUUUGACGCUGACGUGGCCCAGUAGAUGACCAUUUAUUUUGCAUUUGGUGCUUUAUGAAAUCUAGGGGUCAUGUGAAAGCAAUUAAAACCUAUUAAAAAGGACCAGAAAGUUUUGCAAUCGUUGAUAUUUAAGUAUCAUAACCUAUGACAGGUGACGAAAUAAAAGAAGCAAAAAUGGUAUACCCAUAGUUAUGUGAUUAUAAAAAAUGGAGAAAAUUGAAAAGAUUAUUAAAAAAGACAGACAUCAAACAGUUUGCAGUGUGUUAGACAUUCAAGGUUGUAAAAAAUUAAAUGUGCUGACAUUUUAAGUAUGUCUCAUAUAAGAAGGUGGAUUUACAUUUAAAUGAAUAUCCCUGACAUAGGUGAUACUUUGAAAAAAGAAAACAUUGACAUAAUGUCACGUAACGUUAAUAUGACGGUGGGGCGUGAGUCUAUUGCGUUACUAGAUAACCUUAUAAUUUGUGUGGCGUUAUCAAAUUAUCUAAUUUUUUGUGCAUGUUAACUUAGCAAUAGAAUAUUAAAUAUCAGUAAGGAUCGUUAAGAAGUUUUUUUUUAGAUUUUUGUAUCUAAACGUUUUAUGACUUAUUUGGACAACCCUCGUAUUUGUUGUAGUAAUAUGAUUCACUUUGAUUUUUAAAUAAAUAUUACUUCGAA